CAUGGCCGCAGUGCAGACUCCCGAAGCCAAAGAGCUCGCGCUCGUCGGCAAGGUGGAGAUGCGCAUUGCGUUGACGGAUUCGGAAAAGAAGCUCGAAGAUUUAUUGAAAGUGUACCUUGCGCCACUACUUCUCAAGCUCGGCUCGGAGCACGUAGCUGUGAGGAAUAAGGUCAUCUCCAUUUGCCAGCACAUCAACACCCGCAUCAAGUCACAAGAUCUCAAGCUGCCAGUCGCUGCUCUCUUGAAACAGUACAAGGAGAACGCAGAUGUAGCCUUAAUACGCCACUUCGACAUUCUAUACAUUCAGCAAGGCAUCUCGCGGCUGCCGGUGUCCGAUAGACUAGAACUCCUACCGAUUCUGAUCCAGGGGAUAUCAACCGACUACGAGAAGUCAGCCCAACAUGCUUCACAUCUGUUCCACCUCAUUCUGCGACUCCUUGUGCACUUCAAGCUUCCGCCCAGAGGCAGCAAGGAAGACACUGAACUGAGAAGCACAUUAGGCGUCACAGACAAGGACGCCGCAUUCUUAUCGAAGUAUUUCGGCAAGCUGCUACUGCUGACUCUUGUACGGCAGAGCACUCCGGAGGCUGCAGGCACAACAAGAUGUCCCGGACUAUCCGUCGAGGAGUACAAGUUCCUUACACAGCAAGGCAAGCCAGACGCUUGGGAUCCCAGCUCAGAUGCUGGCCUUAGUCUGACCGAGUCCAAGGCUCUCGUCACACGCUUCCUGGCUAGUGGCAUGUUAAAGGAUGACGAGAAGUUCCUUCCAGCAUUGUUCGCAUCAGCGGAUACCAACUCUCGGAUCUCAGAAGUCGGCGAAGAUAUCUUGAAGCGUGUCACGCUCACUCAAGAUUUGGAAGACUCCAAGUCCGUGGAGGCCCUCUUUGAACUCUACUUCGGCUCCACUUCUCCCGACGGAAUAUUGUCCGUGAAGACCCCGUUACGGAUAAGAAUACUGGCUGUGCUGUCAAAGUCGGUCAAAUGUACAACAUAUCCAUACAAGAUAGCGGAGAUCGUCACGGAUGGUCUUCUAUCAGUAGAGCUGAACCCAACGAACAAGACUGCUGGUCGAGAAGCCUCCAAAUUUCGGUCUGCAAUUUUUUCGCUUGUCAACUUUGCUGCUCGCCGUGGAGCAGCGUCUGAUCUAUCUGCAGUCGCAUUUGAUCUUGUGGGCAACCUUCGCGCUUUCAUCCAGGAUCAAGGUUGGCCAGCCGCAGAUCGUGAUCAGGACAUGGAACUGCGUGGUUACGGCUACGAGACAAUAGGCCUCCUAGCGAAAGCUGCACCGGAGAAGCUCCUUAUUGAACCUACAUUGGACCUCCUGGAGUGGCUGUUCCGGUCUCUUCGAGAGGACUCAGCUGGCAAAGAUGUGGCGGUCAGUAUAGAGGAGGCAUUGUCAUCUGUGCUUGGUGCUUUCUCUAAGCCCUUCGACAAGUCGGUCAUGCCGAGAUUCAGACAGAUCCUAUUACGGUAUGCUACGGUCGGACAAGUCACAACACCAGCCUCUGCCCACUUCACGAGAAGUACACGGUACGUGGCUACAAGAUUUGCGAAUCGAUGUCUUCCGUACGACGACGUUCUGGCAAGGUGGAUCGACAUCCUCGCUGUCAGCGGAGGUUCUGCGGAGCGACACGAAGUUGUGGAAGAAGGGCGACGUGGCUUAGAUCCUUACUGGUUCCAGACCUCCAACAUGGCACCCGAGGUCGGUCAAGAACAGCGCAAGCUCCAAUUUCCUGACUUUGAUAAGCUUGUCAAUUUCAUCUUCGCUCAAGAAGGUGAAGAUGAGGAUGUCAUGGAUCUUGAAGGGUCAAGUGACAUUCUCACACAAGUACAACGCUUUUACCAGCACUAUCCGGAUGCGUUACCGACAGUCAUCAGCUUCUGCUCCCAAGUUGCUUUGCAGUCAGCCCUUGUUGAGAAGAGCAUCAAUGAUGACGUCUCAGAGGACUGGGGGCGUAAGCUGGACACAUUGAUGUCUACUGAUCAACGCGCUAGACAGGCUUUCCGCGCCUUUGCGGCAAAUGACUUGCAUGGUCGUUCUAUCGCUGCCAUUGUUCGCGCCAGUUUCGACAGGCUCACCCGGGACGAUGUGAGCGAUGUGGGCGAUAUCGGCAGCACGAUGGUGCGGCUCCUGUCGCUCUGUCCACAGCGUUACUGGGCACUUGCGCAUUUGAUGCAAGACUUCCGUGCCUUGGAACCUUCUAUCUUGUCGAACAACACUGGUCGCCGGCUUGCCGCUGCCCACACGUACGGUCUCCUCGCAUCUCACCCGGAAUGCGACCAAGUAGCGGUUCAGACAUCACAAAAACGUUUCUUCGACAAGCUUAGCACCUGGAGAUCAGCCGUUGGCGCGGACGUUAAUCAGAUCAGCGGCAUCAUCAUCGCUCUUGGGUACUACUUCAGUAGAACGCACUGGAGAGGCAGCAGGUCGGCCAGCGACAUUCCGGAAGAUCACCCUGUCCAUCAACUGCUGAAAACUUUAGUUGGGAUCUUGAAAGAGACACGAGACGCAACACUCAAGGCCGCAGCGUUCUCGUGCAUCGACCAGCUCAGUCUUUUCCAUGUCGUUGCACCCUCGACCAUCGCGAGGUAUGCAAAGCUCGAAGAUAUCGCUGCACAGAUCUACGAAUCGGCGAAGACAGGCACCAUCAGCGCUAUACUGGCACUGGGUCACCUCUCUAUGAUAACCGAGGAAAGCGAGGAGAUUGAAGAGGUGACAGACUAUAAGCUCAUUGGUGGCAAGCUGUACGAGCUUCAUGAGGUCCGUCAACCAGAAGUGCAGUUCUCAGUAGGUGAAGCACUGAGUUGUUUUGCAAUCGGUUGGCACUCGAAGGCUCUCAUCGCUGAACUCGACAUUUUGCACCCAGAACAACCUGUAGAACCAUGGGACGCACCUUUGCGGACGCCCACCGGCCCAAUACGCAAAAACACAUUCAAAGUUACUCUAGAAAAGACGCUGAGGGGAUGUGUGCAGACCAAGCCUUCUCUAAAAAAGGCGUCAGUAAUCUGGCUGCUCUGUCUUCUGCAGUACUGCGGUCACAAGCCAGAGAUGCAAGGCUACCUCAGUCAGUGUCAGGUCGCCUUCAAAAACUGUCUCUCUGAUCGCGACGAAGUCGUCCAGGAAGCCGCGUCACGAGGUCUCGGUCUUGUCUACGAGAAGGGAGAUCGCGAACUCAAGGAUGGCCUCGUUGGUGACCUUGUUGGUUCAUUCUCGGAUAACAAGUCGAAAAUGGCAGGCACAGUGUCCGAAGAUACACAGCUCUUCGAGCCCGGUGCAUUGCCCACUGGCGACGGCAAGUCUAUUACGACGUACAAAGAUAUCAUGAGCCUUGCGGCCGAAGUUGGCGAUUCGAGUCUGGUGUACCGCUUUAUGUCGAUGGCUUCCAACAACUCCAUCUGGUCCAGUCGGGCUGCAUUUGGCCGAUUUGGGCUCAGCAACAUCUUCUCGGACUCAAGUGUUGAUGGCUAUCUGGCACAAAACCCGAAGCUGUAUCCAAAACUCUACCGAUACAGGUUCGACCCCAACCCUAACGUUCAGCGCUCCAUGAACGACAUCUGGAACGCUCUGGUCAAAGACUCCUCGGCUACCAUAGACCAGCAUUUCGAUGCCAUUAUGGAUGAUCUGCUCGUCAGCAUUCUGGGAAAGGAGUGGCGUGUGCGACAAGCCGCGUGCGCUGCUGUUGCAGAUCUCAUCCAAGGACGCGGCAUCGAUAAGUACGAGAAGUACCUCACUUCGAUCUGGGACAAGUGCUUCAAGGUCCUCGAUGACAUCAAGGAGACCGUCCGCGUUGCCGCCGCAUCUCUCGCCCGCGUACUGACAGCCAUCCUCACCCGCUCUCUCGAAGCCGGCGAUGCCUCUCUCAAGACAGCCAACGCCCAACUAUCCCGCGUCCUCCCCUUUCUCUUCUCAACAUCUGGCCUCGAAUCCUCCGCCGAAGAAGUCCGCAUGUUCUCCGUCCAAACCCUCCUCCAAAUCGUCAAGAAAGCCAGCGCCAAAACCCUCAACCCGCACGUCCCCGAGCUCGUCGAGCGCCUGCUGGGUCUCCUAAGCAGUCUCGAGCCCGAAGCAGUCAACUACAUCCACCUCAACGCUUCAAAGUACAACCUCACCGCCCAGAAAAUAGACGACAUGCGCCUUGCAUCCGUGCGCUCUUCGCCACUCACCGAAUCCAUAGAACGCUGUCUCGACCUCGCCGACGCGGAGACUAUGAAAGCGCUCAUCCCGCGUCUCGAAAGCGCAAUGAAGUCUGCGGUUGGCCUGCCGUCAAAGGUGGGAUGUAGCCGCAUCCUCGUCACGCUUGCGACACGCCAUCGAUUUCUGUUCAGCCCGUACGCCGAUCAUUUCUUGAAACUGAUACACAAGCACAUCCACGACCGCAACGAGACGGUGUCGUCUAGUUACGCCGCCGCAUCGGGGUACGUCGCGCGCCUUGCGUCGGACAAGCAGUUGCUAUCCACGAUCUCGUUCGCCCAGACGCAGUACUUCGAGACCGAAGAAGGGUCGGACCGCGCGCGGCUUCUCGCAGGUGACAUGAUCCACGCCAUCAGCCAGCACGCCACUGAUCGCUUCACCUCUCUCGCUUCUGAGCUCCUCCCCUUCGUCUUCCUCGCAAAACACGACGGCGAGGAAAACGUGAGGAAAGCCUUCACUGGGACAUGGGACGAGCACGUCGCUGGCUCCCGCAGCGUCUCUCUGUACUUGACCGAGAUCCUCGCUCUGUGCAACACACACCUCGACUCCCGCCAAUGGGCCAUCAAACACACAGCCGCCAAAGCCGUCGCCGACGCCGUCCUUUCCAUAACGUCGGCUGUCGGUAGCCAGAACUUGGAAAAGGCGGCGGCGGAGAAGAUUUGGCCGGUGCUGGAUAAGGCGCUCGGUGGCAAGAGUUGGGAGGGCAAAGAGGUCGUUCUGGAUGCUUUUGUGAGAUUUGUUGAGAGGGGGGAGGCGUGGUGGAAGGAGGAGGGUAAGGGGGCCAGGGCGAAGGAGUUGGAGAAGGUGGCGGUUAGAGAGGCGAAGAGGAAGGAGGGGGCUAAUGAGAAGGUUGUUCAGCCUGCGUUGGAUAGGUUGAAGGAGUUUUUGGGUGGUGCGUAG